AUGCAGGAAAAUAUAAAAACCAAAAAAGGCAUCAAAGAAGUUGAAAUGCACAAUGAUGUGCCUCAAAAAGACACAAGUUCCAAAGAAGAAUGGGAAGAGUCAGGAAACAGUGAUGACGAUAUUGAUUAUACAGGAGCUGACAUACCAGACAUUGAAAUACAUGAGGCAGAUGAUUUAAAACCUGGUGAUUUCAUUUUGGUAGAACUUGGCACAGGCAAAAGAAUGUCCACGACUUUCAGAUACCUAUGUUGCAACAGUUUUAACAAUUGUUUCAGAUACAGAGUUGCAGAUACAAUGUCUACAAAGUACAUAUUGACAAACCAAAAGCCAAAUUCGAUUACAUAG